GCGUGUCUGCAUGUCUGUGUGUCUGCUCCUGCGUCAUGUGAUACGCGAACAGGAGGCGAAAAGAGCAUAACAAAAACAUCAAUUACGAAACGCAACGCAAUGCAAGAGGCGCUGCCCGUGACGUUUAGCCUGCCCAGACAUGGUGGAUAUGGAGGACAUGGAGGAUAUGGAGGUUGGCUGCUGGUCAUGCUGAUGCUGCUCGUGGCGCUGACUCCACUGCACGCCAGCGAGGACGGGCGCAACUCAAACAAACGCUACUCGGACCAGAGCGUACAUGGUUACAUGACUGAGCGCACCUGCUGGUGGAACGAGGUGUGCAAGGAGGAGUUCCAAAAUCUGUUUCGGUGCAAGUGUCCCCAGUAUUCCUAUUGCCGCUCGCCAGGACGCUAUUAUAAUGCGUAUUGUUCUAUGACAGAUACCGGCUAUAUUUGGACGCAACUGGCGUUGGGCACCGUCGAGCGUUGAGUGCGUGACGUCAAACAUAUCAUAACAGUUAAAUUACCAACAACAACAACACCAAUAACAAUAACAUAGACCAGCACCAAUGGCAGCUACACUCGCUGCUGAUAGUAUGCGACCAUUUCCCAAGUGGCUUUCAACAAAUAUUCUAAAAUGGCAACCAAGCCAUCACAUGCUCAUUUACUAUAAAUAUUAGCAACAAAUUAUAUAGCUUUGUGGUGCUAAUGUAUUUAUCGACAUUUGAAUAUAGCCAAUUCUUUAAAGUUAAUUGCGCAGUAUAAAGUAUCGAUAAAUGCGAAGCGCUCGAAUGCACUUAGAACACAUCCACACACUUGCACGCCUAUCUGUGUGAGUUAGUUCAUUAUUGAAUAUUGUGUUAUCGUUUUGUGUGCAUAAAUAAAACUAUCGACCAUUUGCAUUA